AUGAGGAGUAUACUGAAGGGUGCCACUCAGCAACGCCCCCUGUCCCUCUCUACUCUGCGAGAGCAGACACAUUUUCAACUCUCAGUGAAACGAAUGUUGUCCAUUAUGAUAAGGGUGAUGGUGAUAAAACUCCUGAUGGUACAGAUGAGUCUCCUGAUGUUUGUAUCGAUCAGCAGCAGUCUGUCAGGUUGGGGUCAUUACCUUUCGACGAUUACCUUUCACCUUCUGAUGCUGCGGCAUGAGAAAAUACAGUUGCUUCUGUACAAAAUAAUGUUAGCACCAACAGUGUUUUUAAUCUCAGUUUUCUUAACAACCAUCAGUCUUCGGGUGACGCUUUGUUAA